GCGGCGCGAGACGCGAAACGUCCGAGCACGGCGACGGACGUGAAGAAUCGUCAGAGAGCCACGUUCUGCGUCUUCCCGCCGCACUGUCUCCCCGGGCCUCGCGUCAUGGUGCGAACCCGGGCUCCACGAGGACUCUCCGAAGCACCCCUGCUCAUUUUCCCCUCCAUUCUCCGAGGCAUUCUGCGGCAGGGGGAAGCGCGAAGCUCGCCCGCUCUCGUACACCAUCAGGGCGCGUGGCCGCGAAAUUUGCGCGUCGACCGAGUCAGAACUCAGAACCACCGCGCGAUCGGAGCCCCCUGCUUAUCCUCCGCGCAGGGCGCGGAAAAGGCCACGAAGAACGAGAAGAGCAGGCGCACGCGACUUCCCGAUUAACCUUCGCGCGUCGCGGACAGGGAGGGGGUGUAGAGCGCAAGUUGAAGCAGACCACCAUCCGGGACGCCCCCGCGACCCGGAACGGCGUGUGUACGACAUAACUCUCGUUGCCGCGGCCGGGAGAAGGAUGGUCCCCGACGACCACAGACGCACACAGCGGAGGUAGCCCUGCAGAUGCCAGGUCAACGUGUCCGGGUUCUGCCGCCCGCGGCGAAUCAGAAUCGACGAACGUCGUCGAACCUGGGGGUGAUAUCGUCGCGCAGAUGGAAUGCCGCACG